UGCUACAAUGUGGGUCUUUUGGAAGAAUCUGCUGCAAAAACUGUAAACGCUUUAGUUUUACCGAUCACUAUGCACAAACCUGCUGAAAAAGUCUGCGAAGAUCUGAAGAAAACGGUGACCGAUAUAUGUGACUUACGCUAUGAGAAGACAUUAGAUCUGAAGACCUUCGACUUCGAAAAGGCGAAGGUGAAAGAACUGCGUGAUAUUCUACGAUCAUGGGAUAUUAAAUGUGUGGGAUGUGUCGAACGUUCAGAUUUCUACAAUUUUGUGAUGGAAAACCUCCCGAAGUACGACCCACAAGCAGCGGCUGCGUAUGAGGCCAAGAAGGAGCUAUAA